UUAGUUUUGAGCGCCUUCAAAUUGUUACAGUAAUUUGUUCUCCACCCAGAUUUUUGAUCGAUGGAAGAGAAGAAAAGACAUACAUGCUUAAAACUACAACUUACCGAAGAAGAAUCCAUAUUCGUCAAGGGUACAUGGUUUAAUACUCACUUCAACCUCUCCAUCACCGACGGUUCCACUUCUUGGCACUGCAACGCAUCGGAAGAUGAAGUGAAGCAACGUGCUGCUCAGUGGGACCAGCCGGUGGAGGAGUAUGUUGAAUUGUCUGAACGGUAUUUGGGGUUUCAACAACCUGAGUCUGUUUAUGCUUUUGCUGAUGCUGGUGAUGCUCAUAAGAGGUUGUCGUGGACGUUUGAGAAAGGAGGAAUGACACUGCAUUGGAGAUGGAAAUGCAUGAAGUCUCCUGAUUGUAAGAAAACUACUGCAGAAAUAUUGGACUUUCUCAUGGAUGCAAACAUAAGGCUUAGUGAAGAAGUUGUCAUAAAAACGGAGUUGUUUGAGAAGACGAAAGUAGAAGCUGAGAAGUGCUUGGCUCAGAGUGAGAGAAUAGCCAAUGAGAGGGUGGAAUUUGAAUCUCAAAUCUAUACUAAGUUUCUGGGUGUCUUAAAUUCAAAGAAAGCAAAACUGAGAGAGCUUCGAGAUCAGCUGUCAAAACAAGGUAACGGCGAUAAAUCUCCUCAAGAAGAAGAAGACCCAGAAAAAACUGAGAGUUUUGAUGAAGAAAGUGAUGAUGGAAAAAGUGAUGAAGAUCCUCAAAAAUGUAUUACUAGUUCUUCGAAGGACGCUGGAGCAACUAAGCGUUCUCGUCCAAGGAGAACUAGACUCGCAUGACAAAUUAGAAGAACUAGACUCACAUGACAAAUUUUCUGCACUCAGCAAGUGUUUUGUUUUCACCAUGGAUUUCACAUUUGUGAUAUCUGUCUCAUAAUCCAUAUAGAACGGUGUAAAUAUUUCGUAUUGUUACUAGAACCAGAACUAUGGUUUCACUUUUGAACUCUUACAAAAGAAGUGAUAGUAUUACAACCCCUAUAAUCAAGCAUGGUAAUACAAAGAAUUGUACAUUGCAAA